AUGGAAUCUACGCAUUCCGAUACGCCUCGACAAUCUCUGGACGACACUAAAGUGAAGUACGACUACACGAUCUUUUCCAAAAGCAAGGUCGCUAUCAUUGUCGCUCUGGCAUCCUGGUCCGCCUCCUUUUCUGGCAUCUCGUCCAACAUAUACUUUCCCUCCAUCGCAGCAAUCUCACGAGACCUCGAAGUCACGCCAGAACUGGUCAAUCUCACCGUCACGCUCUACCUCAUCUUCCAAGGGCUUUCGCCAUCAGUUUGGGCGCCACUUUCCGAUACCAAGGGUAGACGAACCGUCAUUCUCAUCACCUUCGUCAUCUACUUCGGCGCCAAUGUUGGUUUGGCUCUCACGCGAUCCUUCGCUCAGCUCGCUGUCCUGCGAGCUGUGCAGAGCAGUGCAAGCGCAAGCUCUGUUGCGAUUGGAGCGGCCAUCGUCGGCGAUGUUGUGGAUCGACGCGACAGAGGAGGAUACAUGGGCUUCUUCAACGCCGCUUCGCUCCUAGCUACAGCGGUCGGACCGGUCAUUGGCGGCGCGAUGGCAGAGACACUCGGCUGGCGAUCUAUCUUCUGGUUCCUUGUCGCUUUCGGCGGCGCUUUCUUGCUCUGCGCUGUCGUCAUCCUGCCCGAAACCAUGCGGAACAUCGUCGGCAACGGCUCGAACGCACCGAAAGGACUCGCUCGCGCACCAGCCCACCGACUCUGGGUCCCAAAAGAGCUGGAACAGCCAGCAUUGGACGAUGUGUCUCUUCGCGGCACUUCGAGCACACAAUUCUCGUUCACGCACAUCUUCAAGCCGAUCCUUCUGCUUCGCAACACGAGCGUGCUGGUCAGCGCGACCUACGCAUCCCUGCACUACGCCAUCUGGCAGAUGUCCAUCACUGCCGCUGCUACGUUCUUCGCAGAUCGCUAUGGUCUCGACGAGCUGCAAGUUGGUCUCACGUACCUCUCGAAUGGCGGCGGCUGUAUCAUCGGCACUCUGCUCGCCGGUCGACUGCUCGAUUGGACCUAUCGCCGCGCGCAACGACCCACCAAAUCAGGCGCAGCGCCCAGCAUCGACGACGACAAAGUCAAUCUCGUUAGCGCUCGACUCGGCACAGCGUGGACGUUCAGCCUGAUUGAAAGUGCCGCUGUGCUCAUCUUUGGUUGGUCCAUCGAUCGACAAUUGCCCCUCGCCGUCCCCGUGGUGUUCGUCUUCUUCAUCUCGUCAGGCACCAUCGCAUCUAUGACGGCUGUGCAAACCUUCCUCGUCGACUCUUUUCCAACUCAGUCCGCUUCCGCUAGCGCUACACUCAAUCUCGUCCGAUGCCUCAUGGCGGCGGCAGGCACUUCCGCUAUCUUGCCAAUGGUCAACGGCAUGACGGCAGGCUGGGCCUUCACUUUCCUCACGCUGCUCAUGCUUUUCUCUAAUCUUGCAGUCGUGUUCUUGAUACAUCGCAAACCGACAACAUAG